GGGGCGGGACUCCCGGGGAGCCAGCAGCUGGGGCAGGGCUUGGAGAGUGAGCCAGGCGGCGCUGGGAAAGGAGAGCCAGCGGAAGGGAAGUUCGGUCCCGGCGGAGGGGAUUGGAAAGUUUCCAGAGUCAGCUGCCAAGAUGGCGCAAUGGAACCAACUUCAGCAGCUGGACACACGGUAUUUGGAGCAGCUCCACCAACUCUACAGUGACAGCUUUCCAAUGGAAUUGAGGCAGUUCCUUGCACCCUGGAUUGAGAGCCAAGACUGGGCAUAUGCCGCCAGCAAGGAGUCCCAUGCCACACUGGUGUUUCACAACCUCUUGGGAGAAAUUGACCAGCAGUACAGCCGCUUUCUUCAAGAAUCCAACGUUCUCUAUCAGCACAACCUUCGCCGGAUCAAGCAAUUUCUGCAGAGCCGGUACCUGGAAAAGCCAAUGGAGAUUGCCCGCAUUGUGGCCCGUUGCCUCUGGGAAGAGAACCGUCUGCUGCAAACAGCAGCAACAGCGGCUCAGCAAGGUGGACAGGCAAACCAUCCCACAGCUGCAGUUGUGACAGAGAAGCAGCAGAUGCUGGAGCAACACCUUCAAGAUGUGAGGAAGAGGGUGCAGGACCUCGAGCAAAAGAUGAAGGUGGUAGAAAAUCUCCAGGAUGACUUUGACUUCAACUACAAGACUUUGAAGAGUCAAGGAGACAUGCAGGAUCUGAAUGGAAAUAACCAGUCGGUAACCCGACAGAAGAUGCAGCAGCUGGAGCAAAUGCUGACAGCGCUCGAUCAAAUGCGGAGGGGGAUUGUGAGUGAGCUGGCUGGACUUUUGUCUGCUAUGGAGUAUGUACAGAAGACACUGGUGGAUGAGGAACUGGCAGACUGGAAAAGAAGGCAGCAGAUUGCGUGUAUUGGUGGCCCACCCAAUAUCUGCCUCGAUCGCCUGGAGAAUUGGAUAACAUCACUGGCUGAAUCACAACUUCAGACACGUCAACAGAUCAAGAAGCUGGAGGAGCUCCAGCAGAAGGUCUCAUACAAGGGUGACCCCAUCGUACAGCACCGGCCCUUGCUGGAAGAACGCAUUGUGGAAUUGUUCCGUAACCUCAUGAAGAGUGCUUUUGUAGUGGAGCGGCAACCUUGUAUGCCCAUGCAUCCGGAUCGCCCAUUGGUUAUCAAAACAGGGGUACAGUUCACAACAAAAGUGCGAUUGCUGGUUAAGUUUCCAGAGCUCAACUACCAAUUGAAAAUCAAAGUCUGCAUUGACAAGGAUUCUGGCGAAGUGGCUGCCCUUCGAGGAUCCCGAAAGUUUAACAUCCUGGGCACAAACACAAAGGUGAUGAACAUGGAAGAAUCGAACAAUGGUAGCCUCUCCGCAGAAUUCAAGCACUUGACGUUGCGGGAACAAAGAUGCGGUAAUGGGGGAAGAGCAAACUGUGAUGCCUCUCUCAUUGUCACAGAAGAGCUCCAUCUCAUCACCUUUGAGACAGAAGUUUACCACCAAGGGCUGAAGAUUGACCUCGAGACCCACUCACUUCCUGUGGUGGUGAUCUCCAAUAUUUGCCAAAUGCCAAACGCUUGGGCGUCGAUCCUGUGGUACAACAUGCUGACAAACAACCCCAAGAAUGUGAACUUCUUCACCAAACCGCCAAUUGGCACGUGGGACCAGGUUGCAGAGGUGCUUAGCUGGCAGUUCUCCUCAACCACCAAACGAGGACUCAGCAUAGAACAGCUGACGACACUCGCCGAAAAACUCCUUGGGCCAGGCAUAAAUUACUCUGGAUGUCAGAUAACUUGGGCAAAGUUCUGUAAGGAGAACAUGGCAGGCAAAGGCUUCUCUUUCUGGGUCUGGCUGGACAACAUCAUUGACCUGGUGAAGAAGUACAUCCUGGCACUCUGGAACGAGGGGUACAUCAUGGGAUUCAUCAGCAAAGAGCGGGAACGGGCCAUCCUGAGCACAAAACCCCCAGGAACCUUCCUGUUGCGUUUCAGUGAGAGCAGCAAGGAAGGUGGGAUCACCUUCACAUGGGUGGAGAAGGACAUCAGCGGAAAGACCCAAAUCCAAUCAGUGGAGCCAUACACCAAGCAGCAGCUCAACAGCAUGUCCUUUGCCGAGAUUAUCAUGGGUUACAAGAUCAUGGAUGCCACCAACAUCCUCGUGUCCCCUCUUGUUUACUUGUACCCGGAUAUCCCCAAAGAGGAAGCCUUUGGAAAAUACUGUCGCCCUGAGAGCCAGGAACACCCUGAAGCAACCGACCCAGGUACAGGUACUGCUCCAUAUCUCAAGACCAAGUUCAUCUGUGUGACCCCAACAACCUGCAGCAGUACUAUUGAACUGCCCAUGUCUCCCCGCACACUCGAAUCCCUGAUCCCUUUUUGUAGUAAUGGGGAGGGAGCUGAAGGAAAUGCCAGUGGACAAUUUGAGUCAUUGCAAGUCUUCGACAUGGAGAUGGCUGCCGAGUGUGCCAACUCGCCCAUGUGACUGGCCCAAGCAGGGCAUCUGACCAGUCCUGGCUUCCUGGCAUGAAACGUCUCCUUCUCUUGCACCAUUGUGGAGCCCCCCUCACCUUGGCUCUGCUCCAGUGGGAGAUGCUUGAUCCUGGUUUCUCUUGUAGCCACUCGAGUGCCUCCUUUGCUGGUGGCUCGUCGCCUGAGCCUCUUGGCUUGAGGAAGGGCCCUCCCACUUAAUGUUAGUAGGGAUUUACCCCCUUCUCCGCAAAAGUAUUUUUCCUUUUGUAUAAAAGUUAGAUUACGGGGUGUCUUAUUUUGCUAGAUCAAGUGCCUCUUCAUACCCACGCCCUUGGCAGUACUUCUUGGUCUCCUGUCUUCGUUUGCUUGCAUGCUGCAAAAGGCUUAUUCCUCCAGCUGAUAGUCACAAACAGAUGUUUUCUCAGUAUUCAAGCAAAAGAUUGUGCUAAAGAGACAGGCAGAAUGCUCUCUGCUGAGCAUAGGAUGGGGAUGGGCAAUAAAUAGGAUUGCUUCUUUAAAAAUAAGUGCAAUUUUGUUUCGUACAUUGUUGAUUUUUAAUUUUUCUCAAACAAAUACAAACCUAAGACAACAGCCCUACAAAGUGAGGUGACUAUGAGUCCCCAGAGUCUACAUUGGCUUGGUCACUUUGGACUUUGAAGCUGGUGCGUCACUAGUAUUUGGAAGUGUAUAUUUUUCAAACCUUUUAGCAACUUGAGCCAUAUUGAUGGGUACCAGUGGCCAAAAGAAGGAUGCUCAGGUUCAUAACCAUGUAAUACAAAAGUGAAUGAGUAAUAUCCCCAGGAUUGACAAGUAUAUUCAUGGCAGAACUAUGUUUGGAGUCCAAGCCAUUCAGCAGAAAGUCCAAAUUUCCCUGUAAUCUUUCUCUCUGUUGUCCCUCUGUCUCUCUUUCUCUUUUUGUCUCUUAUGCAAAGUUUCAAAUCUGGGGGGCUCUCAUACCCUUAAGGCUUUGAGUCCAGAUAGUGCAACAAGAAUGAAAUAUUAGAGCUUGAUGGCUGGCAGAUGAGUUGUCGGCAAUUAAUUUUUGUUAUUAUUUAUUUGCACUUUUAUGUUGCCCUACCAAGAAACGUAGGACAGCAUGCCUGUUUUUUCCUUCCUACUUCCCUCCCAAAUCCAGGCAUGAAUUCUGAUUUAUUCUCACAACAGCCUUGUGAAACAGUUUCAGCAACAGUGAGUGGCCCAUGGUUGUCACAUGAGCUUUGUGGUCAAGUGGAGACUUGAACCUCCAUCAUUGCUGUAAAUUAGGAGCAAAAGGAGAACAUAUUGAAAAGAUGGUGUCUCUUCCAAUAUUCCAAUGCUUUGUUGCUUGAGCUAGCCCAGCCUUUUGCCCAGCAGCCUGUAAAUAUGUUGAAUUACAACUCCCAUAAUCCCCUAGACAGCUGGCUGGGGUUAGAAGAGGUAUAGCCCAAGAUGCCUAGAUAUACCAAACUGGUGAACUUUGGGUUAGCCAAUUCCUUCAUUUUAUAUCCCCAGUUAUACUUGGAGACAUUCUCUGCUCAGUUUUUGUGUUCGGAUCCACAGCGCUCUCUGUUAGCCUGUUUCCAUUAUUUGUGGUUUAGUAGUUGAACUCUAGAUGUAAACAAUGCUGUGAUAUUAGGACUUUCGUAUUAAAAGUAAAGGUAAAGGCUUCCCCUGACAUUAAGUCGUGUCCGACUCUGGAGGGUGGUGCUCAUCUCCAUUUCUAAGCUGAAGAGCCAGCAUUGUCCAUAAACACCUCCUAGGUCAUGUGGCCAGCAUGGCUGCAUGGAGCGCUGUUACCUUCCCGCAGAAGCGGUUCCUAUUGAUCUACUCACAUUUGCAUCCCUAGGAGGCCUGAUGGACAGUGCACAAUAACUAAAGUUUAUUUGUUAGCCCCAGCUUCAGACUGCUAGGUUGGCAGAAGCUGGGGCUAACAGUGGGAGCUCACCCUACUCUCCGGAUUCAAACUGCCAACCUUUCCGUCAGCAAGUUCAGCAGCUCAGCAGUUUAACGCCACCUGGGGGCCUGUUAACACUCUGGUGUUAGGAACAGAGAAUCUGGAUUCUGUUUGUGGUCUUGUUUUAGUUGUUGGACUUCGGAUUGUUAUCCCGUAUGUCCAUGGAAGAGAGGGAUAAAGUCAGUUUUUCCUCAGUAUUACUUAGAGGCAUGGGCCACGGUUGCUCAGGGCUUCUGGGAGUUGUAGUGCAGCACACCUGGACAGCACCAGGUGUGGGUAGGCUACUAUAGGGUCACUAGCUAGUAUACAGUUGCACUGGUUGCUUCUAACCAAAUAGCUUAUUUAUGCCAAAUUCCAUUUUGCAUCGUUUGUCUCUUUGCUCCUUCCGACAUCAUUUUCCUGUUUCUGUAUAGCUAACUGCUCUCUAGGAAUAUAACAAUUUAAUUUGUUUUGUAUAUUUUAUUGCUGUAUCUACAGGCUCCCACUUUCUCUUAAAUAAAGUCUAAUAUCAUAUUUCUCUG